GAAUCACUGGUAUAAAAUGUGAAUCAGUCACUGUGAUUAAAAUACUGAUUACUGAUACGUAUUACGUAUAUUUAUUAUUUAUCAGCUGUAUUUAUAUUCACGUUGCAGAUUUUCAAUAUCCCAGUGUCAUCAUAUCCAAAAAUAAUAACUCAGCUGUGUCUCAACUCUCAAGCUAACAAACGAAUUUAGUAAAAUCAACAAAGUUCCAUAUUGAAUAAAAGUGUUGUUAAAAUUUAUAACAAUUAAAAAUCAAAAUGGAUAAAACUGCAUUAGGAAAUUCAGGAUUAGAAUUACCACCUUUACGUAGUUUAAAUGAUUUUAUUCUAGAAGAUGCUCGUUUUCAAGUACCACAAUUUAAAGAUCUUGAAAAAUGGGGUAAUAGAGUUGUUGCUAAUUUACUCUAUUAUCAAACAAAUUAUUUUCUCAUGUCAAUUGUCAUAUUUAUUCUUGUUGGAUUAAUACAUCCAGGUAAAAUGAUUGUUGGAAUGAUUGCCAUGGUUGUUAUAAUGACAAUAUUUUCAUAUGUCUCAACUGAGGGAAGAGCAGUACACAGCUUCAAAAAACAAUAUCCACUUGGUGGAAUUUUAGCUGUUGUUUUUGGUACAUGUUUUGUAACUUAUACAUUGGGAUCACUUCUUAUCUUUCUUAUCGGUAUUCUUUUGCCAUUUUGUGUUACAUUUGUUCAUGCCUCAAUGAGACUCAGAAAUCUCAAAAAUAAAAUGGCCAAUAAAAUUGAAGGAAUGGGCUUGAAAAAACGUACACCAAUGGGACUUUUACUUGAACAAAUUGGUAUGGAACCAGAUAUCCUCGCUUUAUAAAUAUUAUAAAUUAUUUAUUAGCUAAAAAAUUAUUUUAUUAGCACAGUAUAUUAAUUGUUUAUUCAAAAAAACAAAUGAAUUUAUUCUAAAUUCAAAUUAUAAUAUAUUCUAGAUGAUUAUUAGAGUUUCAAUCUAUUUAUAGCAAUAUUUUUAUAACAUCUAGCUUUCACUGUGUUGCUGUGUUGUAUAUUUAACAAAAAUAUUAUAUAUUUACUACUUGAAUAUACCUUAAAUUUAAAUUCAAUCAGUCAACACUUUAAAUAAAUAUUUUCGCUUAUUUAUUGUGUUAAAUUAAAAAAAUAUUACUAUUAAAUUCAGGGAUAUAAUUACCAUCAAGCACACUUGAUAUUUAUUUAUAUUAUUUAUUGAUUUAUUUUGUUUAUUUUUAUACUUUUUAUUUUGUUUUUUUUUAUAUGGUUCACAUUGAUCCAGAUGGUGCUUGUGGAGACGCAAUUAUAAAUAACUAAAUA